AUGGAACGAGAAAUAGAAUGCCAAACAGAAGCAGUAGACAUAUCAAAAGAAGUAAAAAUUUCUGAAAAAUUAAAUAGCAUUUUAAUCCUUUAUGCAAAAAACAUGAUAUUACAUAAUCCAAUAAAAGAUUAUGAAAAUGAAAAUAUAAUAAAAAAAAGAAUUUAUAAAUGGUCAAAAGAAUAUUUUAGAAAAUUGCUUGAUGAAAAUGAAGUGAAUAAGAAUGUAGAGGAUGAUGAUAUAAAGUGUGAUUUAAUCUCUGCUCAUACUGAUAGUAAUGUAAUAAAAGAUAAAAUUAAAAAAGAAAUAGAAAGGGUAAAUUUUAAUGUAAAGAACAAUUAA